AGAAGACCCCGCCCACGACCCCGCCCCCUCCCGGGGCGGACUGGGGCUCUUAUUGCCCAGCCUGGUCCGGGAGCCUCCACGCGGAGAGGCUCCCGCCGCGCAGAGCUGUGCCCUCCGCAUGGCAUGGAGGAGCCUCUCUCGCCCCCGCCAGAGGCUGGGCUGUUCUCGCCGCCGCUGCAGGGAGGCGGAGCCGCUGCUGCCCCGGAGCCCGGAGCCCGGCAGCACCCCGGACAUGAGACCGCGGCGCAGCGGUACAGCGCCCGCCUGCUGCAGGCCGGCUACGAGCCGGAGAGCAGCAUGGCGGACUACCUGAUCAGCGGCGGCACCGGCUACGUCCCCGAGGAUGGGCUCACCGCGCAGCAGCUCUUUGCCAACGCCGACGGCCUCACCUACAACGACUUCCUGAUCCUCCCAGGAUUCAUAGACUUCAUAGCUGAUGAGGUGGACCUGACGUCAGCCCUGACCCGGAAGAUUACACUGAAGACACCGCUGAUCUCUUCUCCCAUGGACACCGUGACAGAGGCUGACAUGGCCAUUGCGAUGGCUCUCAUGGGAGGAAUUGGUUUCAUUCACCACAACUGCACCCCAGAAUUCCAGGCCAAUGAAGUACGAAAGGUCAAGAAGUUUGAACAAGGCUUCAUCACAGACCCCGUGGUCCUGAGCCCUUCACAUACUGUGGGUGAUGUCCUGGAGGCCAAGAUACAACAUGGCUUCUCUGGGAUCCCCAUCACGGCCACGGGCACCAUGGGGAGCAAGCUGGUGGGCAUCGUCACCUCCCGAGACAUCGACUUCCUCGCGGAGAAGGACCACACCACCCUCCUCAGUGAGGUGAUGACGCCGCGGCUCGAGCUGGUGGUGGCUCCGGCAGGUGUGACGUUGAAAGAGGCAAAUGAGAUACUGCAGCGUAGCAAGAAAGGGAAGCUGCCCAUAGUCAACGAUCAAGACGAGCUGGUGGCCAUCAUCGCGCGCACAGACCUGAAGAAGAACAGGGACUACCCUCUGGCCUCCAAGGACUCCCACAAACAGCUGUUGUGUGGGGCAGCCAUAGGCACCCGCGAAGAUGACAAGUACCGCCUGGACCUGCUCACUCAGGCUGGCGCUGACGUCAUAGUGCUAGACUCCUCCCAGGGGAACUCGGUGUAUCAGAUCGCCAUGGUGCACCACAUCAAGCAGAAGUACCCCCACCUGCAGGUGAUCGGGGGGAACGUGGUGACAGCAGCCCAGGCCAAGAACUUGAUUGAUGCUGGUGUGGACGGGCUUCGUGUGGGUAUGGGCUGUGGUUCCAUCUGCAUCACCCAGGAAGUGAUGGCCUGUGGCCGACCCCAGGGCACCGCCGUCUACAAGGUGGCCGAGUACGCCCGGCGCUUUGGGGUGCCGGUGAUAGCUGACGGCGGCAUCCAGACCGUGGGCCAUGUGGUGAAGGCCCUGGCACUUGGUGCCUCUACAGUCAUGAUGGGCUCCCUGCUGGCCGCCACCACGGAGGCCCCUGGCGAAUACUUCUUCUCAGACGGGGUGAGACUUAAGAAGUACCGAGGCAUGGGUUCCCUGGAUGCCAUGGAGAAGAGCAGCAGCAGCCAGAAACGAUACUUCAGUGAGGGGGAUAAGGUGAAGAUCGCACAGGGUGUCUCGGGCUCCAUCCAGGAUAAAGGCUCCAUCCAGAAGUUUGUGCCCUACCUCAUAGCGGGGAUCCAGCACGGCUGCCAGGAUAUCGGGGCCCAAAGCCUGUCUGUCCUCCGAUCCAUGAUGUACUCAGGAGAGCUCAAGUUUGAGAAGCGGACCAUGUCAGCCCAGAUAGAGGGCGGCGUGCACGGCCUACACUCUUACGAGAAGCGGCUGUACUGAGGACAGCAGUGGGGGCCACAGCAGCGGAGGGAGCGAGCCCCGGGGUCCCACUGCAGGAACGGCCUCCCUCCACAACUGAGUGCUCCGCAGAUUUGCACUAUGGGUCCCCAGCGCCUCUCCAGGGAGAGAAGUGGAGAAGUGGAUCCCUGAGGGGACUGUGGCCCCUCUCCGGGCAAGCCCGCAGAGUCAGGUAGCUCCCCGUGCCAGGCUGCCCGUGAGAUGUUCCGGGCUCCCCUUCUUCGGCACCCUGAGCCCAGUCAGCCUUGGCUCUCAGGCCCUGCGCCUGCCUCAGGUCUCUCUUGCUGCAGCCUGCUGUGGGCCAGUGUCCGACUCUGACCCCUGGGGAAGGUGGCUCCCCUGGCUUCUCCUAUAGGGCACAUCUCUCUCUCGCUGCCCCUUUCCCCCAGGAAAUGGUGCUCUCCAGACCCUGCCUCUGGCCCAUCCCUGGACUGCUGUCCUCUCAGCCAUGUGGCACUUGGGUUCUGGGCCUAGGCCAGGGGGAGGUCUCUGCCCCCUUCCUCUGGCAUGAGGUUCCCAGGGGCCCCGAAUCUCUGAACUGGGGGAGGGCCUGCUUAUGGCCACCCGUCCUUCGUUCCUGACUACCCCGAGUGGACCCUUCCUGCCCUCCUCUCCCAGCUGCAGUCGAAGGCUUUAACUUUGCACAUUUUGGGGUCACAAUGUGUCAUUGUAUAUUAAAUAAUCUGAAUAAACCAAGCAGUUAUCAACA